AUGACUUACGAAAACAAUACACACCAGCAGAACGGUGCUGGCACCGCUGACAUCGAGUCGAAGUUCGCCAACAUGUCGGUCCAGAACGGCGCCGCUGGCGGUGCUCCUCGAAAGGCCUACGUUCCACCUCACCUUCGUGGCCAGCAGCAGCAGCCUGCCUCGCUCAACUCUUCCGCCGCUACAUUCAGCCCUCGCGCUCCUGCCGCCUUCAACGGUAACGGUCACCACGCCGCUCACGAUGCUCCUGCUGCUCCUGCUGCCUUCCAGAGCUUCAACCGAGGUGCACCUCGCGGUGGCGCCGGUGGCUGGGAUGCCCCGGCCUCUGGCGGUUACGGCGGAGCUCGCAGCGGUGGCGGAUACGGCGGUGGACGCAACGACGGCUUUGGCCAGUGGAAAGACGGUCAGCACGUUCCCGGCCCCCACAACGCUCGUCUCCAGAAGGAGCUCUUCGGUGAGGAGGGCGACGGUCUUCACCAGAGCAUGGGCAUCAACUUUGACAAGUACGGCGACAUCCCCGUCGAAGCCAGCGGUCGCGACGUUCCCGAGCCUGUCCUCACCUUCACAUCGCCUCCCAUUGACCCUCACCUUCUCGACAACAUCAAGCUCGCCCGCUACACCAACCCUACUCCUGUUCAAAAGUACUCGAUCCCCAUCGUCGAGCUUGGCCGCGAUCUUAUGGGCUGUGCCCAGACUGGUUCCGGUAAGACGGGUGGUUUCCUCUUCCCCAUCCUUUCGGCCCUCUUCACCCACGGCCCGCCUCCUCCUCCCGCCGAGAUGUCGCAGGGCGGCUACGGUCGCAGAAAGGCGUUCCCCAGCACCCUCAUCCUCGCCCCCACGCGUGAGCUCGUCUCGCAGAUCUACGAAGAGGCUCGCAAGUUCACCUACCGUUCCUGGGUCAAGCCUGCCGUCGUCUAUGGUGGCGCGGACAUCGGCACUCAGCUCCGCCAGAUCGAGCGUGGUUGCGACCUGCUCGCCGCUACGCCCGGUCGUCUGGUCGACUUGAUGGAACGAGGCCGCAUCGGCCUCAGCAACGUCCGUUUCCUCGUGCUCGACGAGGCCGAUCGCAUGCUCGACAUGGGUUUCGAGCCCCAGAUCCGUCGCAUCGUCGAAGGCGAGGAUAUGCCCGGCGUGAUGGACCGUCAGACGCUCAUGUUCUCUGCCACCUUCCCCCGCGACAUUCAGCUGCUCGCCAAGGACUUCCUGAAGGAGUACGUCUUCCUCUCGGUCGGCCGUGUCGGAUCCACUUCGGAGAACAUCACGCAAAAGAUUGAAUACGUCGAAGACGAAGACAAGCGCUCCGUCCUCCUCGACGUCCUCGCUUCGAUGCCUAGCGGCGGUCUCACCCUCAUCUUUGUCGAGACCAAGCGCAUGGCCGAUAUGCUUAGCGACUUCCUCCUCCGCUCCAACAUUGGCGCCACCUCGAUCCACGGCGACCGCACCCAGCGCGAGCGUGAGCGCGCCCUCGAGCUCUUCAAGACCGGCAAAACACCCAUCAUGGUUGCCACUGCCGUCGCCGCCCGUGGUCUCGAUAUCCCCAACGUCACCCACGUCGUCAACUACGAUCUUCCUUCGGACGUCGACGACUACGUCCACCGUAUCGGUCGUACCGGUCGUGCCGGAAACACCGGUCACGCCACCGCCUUCUUCAACCGAGGCAACAAGAACAUUGUGCGCGAUCUGCUCGAACUGCUCAAGGAGGCCAACCAGGAGGUCCCCCAGUGGCUCGAGGCGGUCGCCCGCGAGAGCAUGUUUGGUGGCGGCGGUGGUGGUCGUGGUGGCCGUGGUCGCGGACGCGGUCGUGGCGGCGCCUCGUCGAUCGGCAGCCGUGACGCACGCUUCCAAAACGGUCCCUCCUCAGGCGGCGGACGCGGCUUCGGUGGCGGAUUUGGCGGCGGAAUGGGCGGCGGUUACGGCGGCGGUGGUGGCUUUGGCGGCGCUGCUGCUUACGGCGGACCUCCCCCGGCCAGCAACGGCGGCAGCUACGGCGGCAACUCGUCGUGGUGGUAA